AUGGUAAGUCUCAAAAUGGACAAGUUGGGAAAGGGUUCUGGAUUCAGGAGAAAUACCUUGGUUAGGUCUUGGCAACCAGCAACCACACCCCUGGGGCAACCAGUCCCAGCUCCAUCUGUGUAUCAGAGCACCCAACCAAACAGACCUGGCACCACACAACCGGCUACUCAGGUCUGUGCAGAUGAGCAGUCAGCACUGCAGCCAGACCUGGUCCAACAGGAUAAGAUCUGGAGAGAGUCUGUUGAGGCCAAACAGAGAGGAAGGCAAAUCUGGUACCAGUACUAGAGUUUCCUUAAGUACUAUGGCCAAACAGGUAAGAGAAAGGAGCUGAAGCCAAAGCCAAACUAUAUGCCUGUGUUCUCAAGUAAAGUUCCCAACUUGACCAAUCAAACUAUCCUCAGUCAAAUGAACACUGAGCUUGGCAGAGCUCUGGUUAUGGAUUAUUUCUUCAGCAGUGGAGCAUGAAAGAGGAAACUUGAGGGUGAGCUCCAACUUUCCUAG